CCUGAACGCUGCUGCACCGCCUCCUCUGCGCAUGUCACACACGUGCAUUUGCUGUCGGACCUAGUAGCCAGCGUUGCGUUGGCCUCUUAACCUCAUAUUUUGUUAGCAAUUACAUUUCCCUCAACUUGUCUGGAGAGCCACAUAUAUUUUUUAAAUGGGAGGUCUUCAAAAGAAAAAGUUCGAGAGGGGCUCUGCCACCAACUACAUCACCAGAAACAAAGCUCGCAAGAAGUUACAGCUAAGCCUCCCAGACUUCAGGCGACUGUGCAUCCUUAAAGGCAUCUACCCUCAUGAGCCCAAGCACAAGAAGAAGGUAAACAAGGGAUCAACCGCCCCGAGGACCUUCUACCUGCUCAAAGACAUCCGCUUUCUGCUGCAUGAGCCGAUCGUUGGCAAGUUCAGAGACUACAAGGUAUUUGUACGCAAACUUAAGAAGGCUUAUGGAAAAACAAAUUAUUCUGCUGUUGAGAAACUGAAAGACAACAAGCCGACCUAUAAAUUGGACCACAUCAUCAAAGAAAGGUACCCCUCCUUCAUUGAUGCACUCCGUGACAUCGACGAUGCCCUCUGCAUGUGCUUCCUCUUCUCCACCUUCGCCCGAACGGGAAAAUGCCACGUACAGACAAUCCAGCUGUGCCGACGCCUCACUGUGGAGUGGAUGAACUAUGUGAUUGCUUCCCGUUCUCUCAAAAAGGUUUUCCUCUCCAUCAAGGGAAUAUAUUACCAAGCUGAGGUGAUGGGACAGCUCAUUACAUGGCUGGUGCCGUAUCAGUUCUCCCAUGAUCACCCAACAGAUGUCGACUACAGAGUAAUGGCAACUUUCACAGAGAUGUACACCACUCUGCUGGGCUUUGUCAACUUCAGACUGUACCAUUCCCUCAACCUGGUCUACCCACCAAAGCUGGAUGUUAAAGCAGAGGCGGGGCUGAAGGAAGAGGAUGAUGAAGACUAUGCCAUGAAUUCAGAAAGCUACCUUGAGAAACUGUCAGCUCUGAGUACCAGUUUGGCACGGGUGGUUUCCACUGCAGAGGAGGAGGAGGCCCAGCUCGACCAAUUUCCUGUUGAAGGGGAGGACAUGGAAACGAUGGAGGCCAGGGAAAAGGAACAGAAACAGCAGGAAGCUCAGAAAAAGCUUUUUGAGGGACUCAAGUUCUACCUCAACAGAGAGGUGCCCAGAGAGUCUAUGGCGUUUCUCAUCAGGUGUUUUGGUGGCGAGGUGUCCUGGGACAAGUCUGUUUCCAUCGGCAGCACAUACGACGUGACAGAGGAGAGCAUCACGCAUCACAUUGUUGACAGACCAGAGGUCGGCAAACAGUACAUCAACAGGUAUUACAUCCAGCCCCAGUGGGUGUACGAUUGUGUCAAUGCCAAAAUCAUCCUGCCUGUGGAGGACUACUUCCUGGGAGUGACUCUGCCCCCCCACCUCUCUCCCUUCGUGGAAGAGAAGGACGGAGACUACGUGCCCCCCGAAAAACUGAAGAUCAUGGCCUUACAGCGGGGAGAAAAACCUGCUAACGAACAGGCGGAAGAAGAUGAGGAAGAAGAGGAAGACGAUGAGGAAGAGGAGGAAGAUGACAACGAAGCGGGAGAUGAUGAUGAUGAUGCUGAUGAAGAAGAAGAGGCAGAAGAGAAGAGUCUGAAGAAGAUGGAAGAACAAAGAUCCCAGGGCAAGUCGCUGUCAGUCAAAGUGACGGCCGGCAAAGUGAAGGUCGAAAACCCUGCACGCUUGGAGCAGGAGGAGAAAGCCGAGGAGAAACGUCUGGCCAUCAUGAUGAUGAAGAAAAAGGAAAAGUACCUCUACGACAAGAUCAUGUUCGGAAAAAAGAGAAAAAUCAGAGAGGCUAACAAGCUGACUGCCAAGAGGAAGGCCCAUGAUGAUGCUGAAAAAUCAAAGAAGAAAAAGGUCAAAAAGUAAUUGAUCUGUAGAUGUAUUUGUCUGACUGACUUUAUGUAUGGAGGUAGAGUGUAUUGCAGGUUAACGUGUUUAAUGUUCUAAAACCUGUAAGUGCAUCAGAGAGCUCUGUGAGUGAGUAACAUGCACCAUGAUGUGCGUGCAUCAACCUCUGCAUAAUUUCAAGCUGAAAUGCAGGAUGUGACAUAUGCGAAUUGUGUAAUUAUAAAAUUGUAAAAGUGACUGUUUUGCCUUUAUGUUGUUUGUAUGAACUAUUCUUCACGAGAUAUUUCUUUUACUUCAUUUUGAAUUCUGUACUUGUAACAGUCUGUAUUUUAAAGUAAAAAGUAUAAACAGUUGUCAAAUGAA